AUGGCCCCUGCUGCUUGGAACCCGUCCUCCUGGAGAGAAAAGCCCAUCACUCAGGAUGUGGCGUACGAAGACAAAGCUCACUUUGAAAAGGUCUUGGGCAAGCUUCGCAAGCUGCCUCCUCUUGUGUCCCCUGUCGAGAUUGAUAGGUUGAGGGCCCAGCUUGCCGAUGUCUCUGCCGGUAAAGCCUUUUUGCUUCAAGGAGGUGACUGCGCCGAGCUCUUUGACGACUGCUCCCAGGACCCGAUCGAGCACAAGCUCUCCUUGAUUCUUUUGAUGUCCCUCAUCAUCCUCCACGGCUCACGCCUCCCCGUCGUCCGUAUCGCCCGUAUUGCGGGCCAGUACGCCAAACCCCGGUCAAAGCCUACCGAAGUCGUCGAGCUGCCUGUCAAGGGCGGAAAAGAAGGCGAGACUGAGAAGAAGGAGGUGUUGAGUUUCAGGGGCGACAAUGUGAAUGGUUAUGAGCCGGAUGACCGAGCUGCCGACCCCGACAGGCUGCUCGGAGCCUACUUUCACUCUACCGCCACGCUCAACUACAUCCGGACGCUCUUGAGCUCUGGAUUCGCCAACCUCGACAAUCCCGUCGACUGGUCCUUCUCGCACGUCCGCUCCCCCGAGCUCCAGUCUGCGUUCGGCAACGUGAUCGAAAGUCUUCAAGAUUCGUUGGAGUUUAUGAAGGUCGCCUCAGGCGGCAGCAUCAGUGGAGGUGGAGGCGAGCGAGGUGGUACAGAGACUGUUGAAGUGUACACUAGUCACGAGGCGUUGUUGCUAGAGUACGAAGAAGCUCUCACCCGGUCUUGGGGCGCUCCCCAAGCUGCACCCAGCUCGCAGCCCGACACCCCCAUCCUCUCCCGCUCUGCCUCCCGUAUCCGCGAUAGCAGCACCUCGUCUUACCCCCACUCUCCUGUCCGCCGCGCUCGGUCGCCCAAGCUGAGCGAGUCUUUCCACGGCAUGUCCAUGUCUGCUAGUGACUUGAGAGAGGUAGAGGUGGAUGGCGGCAAGAAGUGGUACAACACUUCGGCGCACUUUAUCUGGAUUGGUGACAGGACGAGGCAGCUUGAUGGUGCUCAUGUGGAAUACUUCCGAGGAAUUGCCAACCCCAUCGGUAUCAAGGUUGGGCCUACCAUGGAGGCUGAAGAGAUUGUCCGAAUUCUUGACAUCGUCAACCCUGACCGCGUACCCGGAAAGGUCACCCUCAUCGGCCGCUACGGCGCCGCCAAGGUCGACCAAUUCCUCCCCGGCCACAUUGACGCUGUCAAAAAGACCGACCACCCCGUCGUCUGGCAGUGCGAUGCCAUGCACGGCAACACCAAAUCUUCCGUCACUGACCCGGCGCUCAAGACUAGGCACUUUGUGGAUGUCAUUACCGAGAUUACGAGGAGCAUGGAGAUUCAUAAGGAGAAGGGGACGAUCUUGGGUGGUGUGCAUUUGGAGUUGACUGGAGAGUUGAAUGAGGAUGGGUUCUCUGUUACCGAGUGUAUUGGUGGAUCUAUGGAGUUGGAGGACAAGGACUUGUCGUUCAACUACAGGACACACUGUGAUCCUCGAUUGAACUAUGAGCAAUCCCUCGAUAUCGCGUUCCUCCUCGCCGACUAUCUGAAGUCCAAGAGACGAGGUGAGAAGCCCCAUGAUAUCCUCCUUGCUAGUUUGCGUGGUAGAAAGGGCGAGGCCAAACAGUAA